CUCAAUCAUUCCUUUCCCUUCCAAUACCAACAAAAACCCACCAAGCCAGUACAGAAAACACAUUGAAUAUUCCAUAAGUUCCUUUGUUAGAAGGAAUUGAAUUAAUCAAUCACCGGCGGAUGACAAAUUGUGGAGCCGCUUCCAUUGAUUGAUCAUUGAUUGACAGACGGAGCGGUGUCUAUCUUUCUUUAUUCAUUUCUUCUCGACCUCAUAUUUCAUUUUAUUACCUUACUCUGCUGCCCGCACUCAGUCAACAGGCAGAUAACCUCGAUAUACCCACCUACCCAGAGACAAUCAAUCACCAGAUACCUACCAGACACCACCACUCAACAACCAAGAAGACAGAAAGAAGACACAGAAAAGAUGGGUCGAAAACCACCCUCAACAACAAAAGCAGCAUCCAGCACCCCCGACGCAGCUCCCCUCCCUUCUUCUUCCUCGUCGCCGCAAACACAUACCCAGCAUGGACAUGGACAUGGACAGUCGCAGACAAAUAUCCAAGCAACAGAGCAACAACUCAAAGCGAGAGCUGAAGGGGGUGUGAGUAUUGAAGACUACCUCCUCCCCCGAUCCCUCACCCUGCGACUCGCAAAAGCCGUCCUCCCCCCGAAUACAACCGUGCAGAAAGAUGCCGUGCUCGCUAUACAGAAGGCCGCGACGGUGUUUGUCUCGUAUCUUUCUUCGCAUGCAAACGAAGCAACCCUAAAACGAACCGUCACGCCCGCAGACGUCUUCGCCGCGCUAACAGAGCUCGAAUUGGACUCUUUCCGACCCCGUCUCGAGAAAGAGUUGGAGAUGUUUACUGAGAUGAAGGCUGGGAAGAGGCGGGGACAUCAAUCGCAACCACAGCAGCAGCAAGCUGGGGAGAAUGCCGGUGAGAAGGGGGAUAAGGGUAAAGAUAAGAAUGGGGAAGAUGAAGAUGAGGAGAUGGAUGGGGUGCGAGGGUCGAAGAGGGUUAAGGUUGGUGGUAACACUACCACUACUACUACUGGUGGUGGUGGUGCUGCUGCUGCGCGAGAGAGCAGAAAAGAAAGCGGUGGCGACGACGACGGGGACGAAACGCAGGAUGACCCCGGUAUGAUGCGCGAUGAGAACGAGACGGAGGUGGAUGAUGAUGUUGAAGAUGAGGACGAAGAUGAUGAAGAAGAUGACGAGGACGAGGAAGAGGAGGAGGAACGAGAAGAAGAAGGGGAAGGGGACAUCGACCGAGUAGAGGAUCUCGAUCGAGAACCUGGUCACCGCGCGAUGGAUCCUGACGCCGGGGAUGAAACGGAGAGUGAUAAUGAUGAUUCUGGGCCUGGGGGGCAGUUGAGGGGGGAUUUGGGGUUGGGGUGA